AUGGCCGACGAGAAACAGCCGAAAGUGAAGUUCGCUCGAGCUUGUACUGCAUGUUACCAGAAAAAGAUUCGCUGCAAUGUGACCUCCAAGAUCCCAUGUUCAAGUUGCGAAUUGCACGGCAGCGCUUGCGUGCUACGAUCUCGAAAACGCAAGCAUGGCCGAGUUCUCUACAAUACAGCUCAAGUCGAAGGCAUCACUGAAUCCCCUUUGCCGUCCAUGACACCUGAAAGCUCAAGCAUAAGGCGAAAUAGCGUAGCGAACUCCGGCAGUUCUUUCCAUGUUCAAAGUACACAGCAUGACCUUGAAUCAGAUUCGCCAAGUAGUUCGGGAUGUUCCCCUGACCAACUUGGAGUAGCCCAAGUCGACUAUGAAGACUACUAUGGUGCGCCGGUGCUUCAGCAGCAGCAAAACCAAGACCAGGACACACAAAGCCCAGACCCGGGGAUCCACCAGGUAAACAUGGCGGUACUCCGAUUAUACAACGCGUUCGACCUUCCCUCCGCAGCAUUUCGACACUCCUUGCUGGACAAUUUCAUGACCCAUGUCUACCCACUGAUGCCAAUCGUUGACAUGACAAGUCUCAAGUCAAGGAUAGGGUAUUCGCCACCAACUGCACUACUGAAAGCAGUCUUCCUUGCUGGAGCUCGGACUACUGAUGCGCAACUUCCAUUUUCAUUCGAGCAAUAUUACAACGCCAUUAAAGCCCUAGUGAUGUCUGGCUAUGAAAAGGAUCCUGUCACCGCAAUGGUCGUCGCGUGCCUGUUAGGUUGGUACAAUCAAUCAAGUGUUUACAGUGUCAAUAUAGAUUCCAGCAGUGCCUGGCUCCGCUUUGCAUCGAACAUUGCGUAUCAGGUAGGUCUGCACAAAGAGCCCAAGACCAAAGUCAAUGCGGGCUACAGACGCAGACUAUGGUGGACGUUGGUGGCUCGAGAUUGUCUUGUGUCAGCCGGCCAAGGCAGACCACGGAUAUUUAAUCUAGCAGACUGCGACAUCAAACCGAUCUCGACUGAUGAUUUCGGAGCCGAUGAACAAUAUUCCAAAGUCUUCGUUGCUUAUGUCAAAGUGUGCCUCAUCCUAGGCGAUCUCUGCGAAUCCCAUAGACGAAGAGAGAUGUCAACACUGCAGCGAGACAACAUCAGGAACAGACUCUUCUGGUGGUUGAAGGAGCUUCCGCAAGAGAUGCAAUACUUCGGGUCCUCCACCCAUGCUUCUUUCGAUAAUCGCUUUGAGAGACAACUCUUUGUCAUUUAUUUUGCAGCAGUGACAAUCCUCUACCGGAGCGACUUGUCGGGGCAGAUGGUGCACCCUGUUGCACUGGUCGCAUCAUCAUUUCUGGUUUCUUUGCUAGAAGAUUUCCUUGCCAGAGACGAAGUUCAGCGGCUUCCCACAAUUUUUACCUUCUAUGCCGUUUCCGCGGCCGUGCCUCAACUUGUGGCUACGAGGCACGAGAAUCUCAAACCUGUCGCAGAGACCGAGCUGGUGAUUAUUUCCCAGUUUUUACUGGCACUCUCCAAGAGAUGGCCGACCUCUGCGAAUGCGCUGAAGCUUUUCGAAACGCUCAGGAAUUCAGAACCUGCGAUUGAAAAACCUCAUGUAUGCUUCGGAACAUUCUCAAGCCAUGAGCAGCUCCUUUUUGACAAUUUCGAUCUGUCUGCCUGCAGGCACUCGUCCCUGCUAGCAGAUCAUAGCGCGCAUUUAUCAAGAACAGUGGAACCGACAAGCUUCACAAGAGAUGCCCGUUCUCUCCCUACGCCACACUCUGAAACCGUUCCGAACAUAUUCUGUGAAACAGACCCAGAUCAGGACCUACUGCAGACGGGUUCUCUACCCCUGGAACAGCAAACCAUGAGCUUGGACUGGCCUCUGGAUAAUCUUGGCGAUAACACCACAGUUGAGUUUUCUAAUGCGAUUGGAAGCUGGCUUUUUUCACAGGAUGUCUUUAGGAAUUAUAAUUUUGGAGCUGCGCACGGGUUGGAUUUAUAGCCGGCUUCCUGCAUGGUUGGCGAUCGUGGGAAUGUGUCUCUCCAGCGAAGGAUAGAGCAGCCCAAAAGGGGAGCCCUUAUGGGGACGUCCACGAGCGACAGCAUACAA